CUGAUAAAGGAAUUGCUAGUACUCAAUUGCAUUAUACAUUUUCAUUAAUAGAAAAUAAUACUAUAAAAGAUAGAGACAUACAAGCAUUUAUUAAUUAUCUUAAUCAGUUCGCUGAAAAUGGUAACAAUAUAGCUCAAUAUAAUUUAG